GCUCCUUUAAUACACUUUGGUUCUCCGCCUGGCUGUGGACACUUCUCUCUGUGGCUCGCUCGCUCGGCGGCUGCUGCUGCUGCGGCUCGGUGCAGCCGGGGGGAAGCCUGGUGCCUGGAUCCUCCUGCUGCUGCCGGGUGGUGCCCGGGAAGGAAGAGGCGCAGCCGCGGGGGAGGAAGCGGAGCGGAGCGGCAGGACCAUGCUGCUGGACGCCGGACCCCAGUUCCCUGCCAUUGGAGUGGGCACUUUCGCUCGGCACCAUCACUCGGCCGCCGCCGAGAUGCAGGACCGGGAGCUGAGCCUGGCGGCGCAGAACACCUUUGUGGACUCGGCAGCCCACAUGGGGGCUUUUAAACUCAACCCCGGGGCCCACGAUCUGUCCCCCGGCCAGAGCUCGGCUUUCACCUCGCAGGCGCCCGGCUACCCGGCGGCAGCGUUGGGUCCCCAUGCCGCCCACGUCAGCUCCUAUUCCGGGGCGCCUUUCAACUCCACCCGGGACUUCUUGUUUCGCAGCCGGGGCUUUGGGGACUCGUCUCCGGCCGGCGGCCAGCACGGGAUCUUUGGCCCUGCGGCCGGGACCCUCCAUCACCCGCACACGGACGCUCAGAGCCACAUCCUCUUCCCCGCCAUUCACGACCAGCACGGCCCCCACGCCUCCCAAAAUGUCCUGAAUGGGCAGAUGCGCCUCGGUUUGCCCGGGGAGGUCUUCGCCCGAUCGGAUCAAUACCGCCAGGUCUCUAGCCCCAGGACUGAUCCCUAUUCGGCGGCUCAGCUGCACAACCAGUAUGGCCCCAUGAAUAUGAAUAUGGGCAUGAACAUGGCAGCCCACCACCAUCACCACCCAGGUGCCUUUUUUCGAUACAUGAGACAACAGUGCAUCAAGCAAGAGCUGAUCUGCAAGUGGAUCGACCCCGAGCAGCUGAGCAACCCCAAAAAGAGCUGCAAUAAAACUUUUAGCACCAUGCACGAGCUGGUCACCCACGUCUCGGUGGAGCACGUUGGGGGACCCGAGCAGAGCAACCAUAUCUGUUAUUGGGAGGAGUGUCCCCGGGAAGGCAAACCUUUCAAAGCCAAAUACAAACUGGUCAAUCAUAUCCGAGUGCACACGGGAGAGAAGCCGUUCCCCUGUCCUUUUCCUGGCUGUGGGAAAGUUUUCGCCAGAUCAGAAAACCUAAAAAUCCACAAAAGGACACACACAGGAGAAAAGCCUUUCCAGUGUGAAUUUGAAGGCUGUGACAGACGUUUUGCCAACAGCAGCGAUAGGAAGAAGCACAUGCAUGUCCACACUUCAGAUAAGCCCUAUCUGUGCAAAAUGUGCGACAAAUCCUACACCCACCCCAGCUCUCUGCGGAAGCACAUGAAGGUCCAUGAAUCUUCCCCUCAAGGCUCCGAAUCGUCCCCGGCUGCCAGCUCGGGCUAUGAGUCCUCCACCCCCCCGGGCCUGGUGUCCCCCAGCGCCGAGACUCAGAGCACCACCAACCUGUCCCCGGCGGCGGCGGCUGCAGCGGCGGCGGCGGCGGCCGCGGUGUCUGCGGUGCACAGAGGCAGCGGCGGUGGGGGAGGCAGCGGCAGUGGAGCCGGCGGGGGUGGAGGAGCCAGCGGGAGCCACAGCGGCCUCUCCUCCAACUUCAACGAAUGGUACGUGUAGGGCCCUGCCGGACUGCUGAGCGAGGCCCCCGCGCCUGCCCUCCCCGCCGCGGAGGAGGGAGAAGCAGACACACACCGGGAAGGUGCUGGAUCCUGUUUGGUUUGGGUUUAAUUCUUAGCCAGCGAAAGGAUUAACAACUCAAACGGCUCUAGAGCCCAGGAGAGCAAAUCCCCGCCAGAGCCUCCAAAACAAAAAAAAAUCCGCCACAGCUAAACUCUUCUUGUCCGUCCCGUCCCGUUCCCUCGCCCCCGCCCCUUCCCUCUGCCCCAGCACCGUCCAGCCCGACCAGCUGUGUCUAUAGAGGACUCCUCCUUCCUCCUUCAAGGUGGUAAACGAAGUUUUAUUCGAUUCUUGGUGUAUAGAAGUUCGUCCCAUUUGUAAACUACGGAUUGAUUCUCUCCCAUCCCCACCCCCAAAAAGUGAUGGACUUUUUUCGUUUCUUUUCUCUUUUUAGUUCAUCCAUUUAAAAAAAAAGUAACGUGGAAGAAAAUGGUUUCUUUUGUAAUUGUGAUAAUGGAUAUUGUGUUCUUUUUAAAGAGGCAAUUUGAUUGUAAACUUAAUUCAACUAUAGACUGGGGGGAAAACUGUGCCAAAGUCUCCAUUCUGUUACACACACACACACACACACACACACACACACACACACACACCAACAACAACGCUUGUGAAUGUAUUUUUCUGUUAGCUGGGUUUACAUGUGAUGUUUUAGUGCUUUUGCAAGUUCAAUUUGUUAGUUCCUGUUUGGAAGAUUGUGAGGAAAAAUAAACGUCGUGCUGUUAGCUUUUCCCUAAUAACACCCUUCCUUCUGUAAAUACCUGUUACCAUAUUUAUCCAUUUGUAAUUAAAUUAUGGUAUUAACUUGCUACAGAGGAAACAGUAUUUAUAAAGAAUGUUUCUUAACUAUAAAUAUGUACAAUUGUGAGCAUAAACUGUUUCAGAUUUUUUAUUUGAAGGUUUAAGUGGUUUCAUCAUUUCUUGUGAUAUGUUUUGAGAGUAAUGCAUACAGAAAUAUAAUAAAAUGUGUUGAAACUGCA